AUGGCGACACCCAUUCCUGUUCCUGAGCUGCUGUUGGCCAUUUUAGAAGAGCUAAUCACUGAAGACCUUAAGACAUUCCAGUGGUACCUGACUGAGGCUGUGCUCAACGAUUUUCCUCCCUUCCCUAAGAGCAUGCUGGAGAACAUGGACAGGCUAACCACUGUGGAUAAGAUGAUCAAGACCUCAAGCUAUGAGGGAGCUGUGAAGGUGUCAUUAGAGAUCCUGAGGAAGAUGAAGCACAACAAUCUCGCUGAGAAACUACAGAGAGACAGCCAAACAUCCUGUCCUGUGUGCCAUGACAUCCUCAGGGAGUCUGUUAUACUGUCAUGCCACCACAAAGUCUGCACAGUCUGUAUACAUGAAUGCUGGAACCAGAAAGAUUCUCUGCAAUGCCCUGUGUGCAAGAAGAGGAUCUUAAUGGAUACAGCAAGGUCUGAGGUGCUCUGCAGUUUGCACAGUGAGAAAUUCAAACUAUUCUGCCUGGAGGAUAAAAAGCUAAUCUGUGUGGUAUGUCAGACUUCAAAAAAACACAAAAACCAUAACUGUAGCCCCAUAGAUGAAGCUGCACAGGAUCAGAAGGAAGAACUCCAGACAGUAAUGAAUUCCUUAAAGGAGAAGCUUGGGGUCUUUAGUAAAAUUAGCCAAACCUGUGCUGAACACAUCUUGAGCCAGGCCCAGCACACAGAGGGUCAAAUUAAGGAGCAGUUUGAGAAGCUUCACCAGUUUCUACGAGAGGAAGAGGCAGCCAGGAUAGCUGACCUAAAGGAGGAAGAAGAGCACAAGAGUCGAGUGAUGAAAGAGAAGAUUGAAGAAAUGAGCAGAGAGAUUUCAUCACUUGCAAACACAAUCAGAUUCUUAGAGGAGGAGCUGAAAGCUGAAGACCUCUCAUUUCUGCAGAACUAUGAGUCCACAAUGGAAAGAGCCCAAUGCAAACUGCCAGAUCCAAUGCUGGUCUCAGGAGUGCUGAUAGACGUGGCUAAAUACUUGGGCAACCUGCAAUUUAGAGUCUGGGAGAAGAUGCAUGAGAUUGUGAAAUACACUCCUGUGAUUCUGAACCCCAAUACUUCCCAACCACAUCUCAUCCUGUCUGAUGAUCUGACCAGUGUGAGACACCGUGAUGAAGACAGCAUCAAUGACAGUGAUGAAACACUGCAGCUUCCUGACAACCCAGAGAGGUUUGAUACCUUUAGAAUGGUCCUAGGCUCCGAAGGCUUUAAUUCAGGGACACAUAACUGGGACAUUGAGGUUGGGGACAAUACUCACUGGUCACUGGGUGUGAUUACAGAAUCUGUCCAGAGGAAGGGAGAAGUAAAGAAUGGAUACUGGCAAAUCCGAUUCACUGACACACUCCUUACUGUGAGACAGAAACCCCUGAGGAUCAGAGUGCAGCUGGACUGGGAUGGAGGUAAGCUGUCAUUCUCUGACCCUGAUAAUAAGACAGUUCUACACACAUUCACACACACUUUCACUGAGAAAGUCUUUCCUUUUUGCCUUAAUGGCUGUAAACUCCACCCUGUGAGGAUUUUACCAGUGAAGGCCUGUGUGACAGUGGAAAAGCCCAAUGAGACCUUCUUACAGGACACAAGUGUCAAAGGCUUAACAGCGAAAACCCACAAUGAUUAUGAUAUGUUCGAUGAUUCAUACGAUGAUAAUCAUGAGGACUCUGAUGAAUUUGAGUACGACUCUGAUGAUUAUGAAGACGAAGAAGACGAAGAAGACGAAGAAGACGAAGAUGAUUAUUAA